ACAUUUCAUAAGAGUACAAACCGACCAAAUAAAAUCACUUCAUUAGUCCAUCAUUGUGCUACAAUCAUACAUAAAACAAUAUAAACGUUAAUUAAAACAUAGAUUAUUAAAUUAAAAAUGAAUAACACCAUAAUCCAAUCCAUAAAAUCAUCAAAAGAUUCAAUGUGGCAUCAAAAACUUGUCGCAUGUGGACAUGGGUCGGGCUGUCCUUAAAAUUUGUUUCGAUCCCAUAAACUCUUGCUGGGCUGGGCCUAUUUGAGAUUUUAGGGAGCGAAUUAAGGGAAAUGAUAACCUUCUUGUUCACACUUAGAAGCUCUUAUGUGCAUCAUCUGGAUCAGUUGAAGAAGACUCCUGCCGUUGGUGAAAUCACCCCAAGGUUUUCCACUAAUGAGAACAUUUUUACAGUCGGAGGCUCAUAUGCUGUUGAUCCCCUGACAGUGGUGAAAGCUAAGCUCAAUAACCAUGGGAAACUUAGGGACCUGCUGCAGCAUGAGGUUAUACCCAAGUCAAUUGUGGCAAUCUCUAGUGAAUCUGACACCAGGGCCUUGGACAAAAAUCCCAGGCUCGGCGUGGCUCUGGCCCUUAAGCCCUGAUUGGCAUUUGUUGAGAGAUUUUUGUGACCCAUUUAUCACACUGGGGGAGAUUUUCCUAGCCAUUUAUCAACUUUCUAACAAAGGUAUAUGCUAGUUCAUGGAUAGGUGCUUCACAAGCAUACAUACAGACAUAAGAUGAGGGGGGUUUCUUUUACCAAAAACACAACAACGAAAGAGUUCAUUUAACACUGAGACGGACAAUAAUCAGAGAUACCACUGCAAAGCAGGGAACCAUUGGUUUGACCAUUUAUUGUAAACAUAUGGGUGAUCAAAGACAACGUACCAUGAUGAAAAUCAUACUAUGUUGUGGUGCUUGGGCAGCACUCUCUUCAUGUCUCUCCAAUGAAAGUUUGUGCUCAGAAAGAUGAAGAAAAAAAGCCAGGAUACCGGGUGAUCCAAACGAGGGCAGCUACUGAAGCUUAGAACUUAAAAAUUAUCUAAUGUACAACAUCAAACUCAACCAAAAACAAUACAGUCUAGUUUGCCAGCAGCUUUUGCCACAUGUAAUGCUAUUGUAAAGAAAGAAAAACAGCACUCAUAUAAUGUUGUGUAAAUAUUUCCUACCACCCAAAUCUAACAAUGUUCAAGAACUUUAAAUGAAAACUCUUAAACGAAUGGAAAUAGUCCUACACAUGCAUACAUAGCAAUAAGCAUUACUGAAAAUCAGAGAUAAGGACAUUUCCUCUACAUUUCAUUAAACAUGCAGAAAAGAAACCUAUCUAAAAGAUCAAGGCAUAAAACCAUAAAAAAGAAAAGGCGAAAGAUUAAACCACAAACACCACCAGUCUCCAUCACAAUCUAGAGAAAGCACACGGCGAAAGUGCACGAAAAACACAAAUAAUAAUAUGUUGGCAUCAGUAGCUGCAGAGAGUAAAGAAGAUGCUAAUUCCACUAAGAAAACUAAAUCAAUUCUUAGCUACCAAAUCAAAAUCAAACUCUCACAACAUAGCUAUGCUCCAACGAUCAUAUUGGGGUAAAAAUUAGUGUGUUCCAGGGAAAGGGUGUUAACUGCUAAGAAACUAACAAGAGACAGGUAAAUAUGAUUGAAAAA